AUGGCUUGGAAACUUGCUGCUGCCCUUGUGACAGCGGCAGCAUGGACUUCGGCUGCUGCUGCUGCUGGGCCGCCGGCGGGAAGGAGGCCGUUGGUGUGGGGUCUGGACCUGGGCAACGACAACAUAGUGAUGGCGGUGGCCAGCCGCACCGGGGUGGACGUGGUCGCAAACGACGUGAGCGGCCGCCAGACGCCGACGGCGGUGUACUUUGCCGGAGACCACCGCCUGAUCGGCGAGCACACCACGGGCCACGCGGGCAGUGACCCCAGCAACCUCGUGCACCACCUCAAGUCCCUCCUCAGCAACGACGGCGACGACGACAACGAGCAAGACGAGGGUGCUGCCGCCAGCACCAGCGAUGGUAGUAGUUCUUCUCCCUCGGCGGCCGCCGUCGCCGCCGCCGCCGCCACAGAUUCCCGCCGCUCCUCCUCCUCUUCCUCGACAACGGUAACGGCGGAGCCCGGCUUCUUCUGCGAGAUCCGCGGCGGCAGAGGGGACGGAAGCUCCGCCGGCCCCGCAGAAGGCACCGGCGGCGGCCGCGGCGGCGGCCUCCGGGCCGUGGUGCGCCACAUGGGGAAGGAGCUCGAGCUCGGCGGCAGCGAGGUCGUCUCCUACCUCCUCCGGCACUGCGCCGGGGUGGUCGCCCGGGAAACGUACGGUAAGGGGGACGGGCCGGCGGCGGCGGCAAUGGCAACGGCUUCGUCGCCGUCAUCGUCGUGCGUGGUGGCGUCGGUGCCGUCGUACUUCUCGCUGAGGCAGAAGAGGGCCGUGCUCGACGCGGCGAGCAUCGCCGGGGUGCCCAUGCCGAUGGUGAUGGACGAAGGGACGGCGGUCGCGCUGGCGUACGGCAUCCUCAAGGGGGGGCUGCCACCGCCCGCGGCGGGGGCGGGGGCGGCGGCAGCGGCGGCGGGGGCGCGACCCCCGCUCAAGGUGGCGUUCGUGGACAUCGGACACAGCUGCACGCAGGUGACAGUGGCAUCGUUCACGACGUCGGGGCUGACAGUGCUCGGCCGAGGGUGCUCGAAGGGAGGGGGUACCGCCGCCGCGGAGGCUUGCAUGUACGACCGCGUCUGCCGUGCGGCAAGGGAGCAGGGUAUAGCCGUCGAGGGUAGACCGCGGGCGGAGUUCCGCCUUGCCAAGGCGUUGACGUCGGCGAUGAAGACCCUGAGCGCCAACAAGGAAGCUCGCCUGAGCGUGGACUGCAUCGAUGGCGACAAGGAUCUAGCGAUCACGUUGACCAGGGAAGAAGUCGAGGAAGCCUGCGCCGGGGUCGCCGAAGGGGUUUCGGCCGCGUGUCGAGAGGCGUUACGCUCCGCGGGGAUGGCGGCCGAGGACGUUGAAGACGUUGAGCUUCUCGGCGGGGGCAGCUACAUUCCUCUACUGCGCCGCUCCGUGGAGGGCACUUUCGGGGAUCGAGUGCGACGGACCAUGAGCUCCUCGGAGAGCGUGGCGAGAGGGUGCGCGCUCGCCGCCGCCCAGCGUAGCUCCAUUUUCAAGCUCAGACCUUUCCGGGUCGUGGACUCCCUCACCAGAGACCUUCGCCUGGUCUGGCGAUACGACGGCGGCGCCGGCGAUGGGCCCACCGACAGCGAAGACGAGGACAACAUCAAUGGCAAUGGGGGGUCAGCGGACGCCCGUGACACGGGCGCAACUAGCAGCAGCCGAGAUUCCGCCUCGAGGUCGUGGCUGCCUUCCUCGUUGCGAAACGGCAAAGGUGCGGGCGAGGAGACGGGAGGUGGUGGCGGGGGGAUCUCGACCGGCGAGGUGGACGUCCCCGCGGGCACGCCGAUCCCGUGGUCUGAGGAAGUGACGGUGGACCUGGGAAUGAGAGAUCGAGGGCAGCACGGGGGGCGCGGAAGGCUUCACGUGCACCUGAUGGAAGGCGCGGAGCGCGUUGCGAGCUACGUCAUCGACUUGGCUCAGUCGACACCGAGCACAAGGGGGAAGGGGGUGCUGUGGGGGUGGGGGGCGGGGGGGGCAAGGAUGGCGUCGGCGGCGUCGGCGGCGUCGGCGUCGAGCGAACGGGCGGCAGCGGUGGCGGCGACCAAGGUCAAUUUUUUCUUCCGGGUGGACGAUGGAGGGGUGCCGAGCGUGCACUCCGCGAGGCUGGAGUACGAUGAAGAAGUGACGGAACUCGUAGAGGUGCCCGCCCCGGUGCCCUCUACGGCGUCUUUGGAGGAGGAGGAGGAGGAGGAGGNGGGGUCCUCUCCGGUGGGCGGCGGUGACGGCAUUGGCGAUGGGAGCGAAAGCGGCAGUGAGGCUGGUUCCGCGAAGAGGCGACAGCAGGGUAAUGCGGAAGUGGCAAACGGACAAGCCGGAGAGCUAAAAGAAGGGGGGGCGGUGGAAGAGGCUAGCGAGGACAGCAGCACCAGCAGCACCAGCACCAGCACCAGCACCAGCACCAGCACCAGCACCAACGACAUUUCGAAAACGGAACCAAGGGCAGCUGCAGAAGAGGUCGGUAUAGAGGGGACGCCGGAAGAUUCCAAGGCUAGAGGGGAGGGGGAAGGCGGGGAGAAGAAGACGCCGGUCGGGCGUGUCGAGGCCGAGAAGAAGAUCAAGGUACCGCGGGUGUUCACGCGCCGGCGGAGCCGACCCGUGUGUCUGAAGCAGACGUACAGCGGCAUGCUGGAAGGGCCGGCGCUAGAGGAGGCGCGCGAAAGAGAACGGGCCCUCAGGGCUCAGGACGAAGCGGUGCGUGCCGCAAACGAGGCUCGCAACGCGCUCGAGAACCUCCUCUACUCGUCCAGGUCGAGCCUCGAGCCGAUCGACGGGGAGCUGUCUCCGUACGUGAGCCCGAGCGAUGCGGCGGUCGUUCUGGGGUUGUUGGACGAGACCGAGGCGUGGCUCUACGCGCCCGAAGAAGGGGGCUCUGCAAGAGAGAAGGAAAUGUUCUUGCAGCGAGCGUCCUCGCUGCGGCAACGGCUAUCGGAGCCGCGGGCACGCAGAGAGGCCAGGGCAGGCCUCCUGAAGGCUCUCGGUGACGCGGAGGCGGCGGCCACCGGGGGGGAAGCCCAGCUGGAGGAAGCGAGGGAUUCUCUAUCCGCGUCUCAGUUGCGCGAAGGGGAUGCCGAGCUGGCGUCGAUCCGGCGUUUCGUUGCCGAGACAGGACAAAAACUACGAGCUUCUUCUGUUGCUUCCGAGGGUGAAGGCGGCGAGUACGGCUCGUUGUUGGGACGGUUACCCGCACAGGAGGUCGACGUGCGCAAGAAAAUCGAACAUCUUCGAAAAGUUCUAGCCUUCGCGAAAAAGGAGCACAGCUAGUUCUGCAAGAGGACCUCUGUUGUCGAUGUUGCCUCUCAAGAAAACCAGCCGUGCCUUGCAGUGUGCACAGCACGGCGUCGCAAUGGUCCGGAGGGUCGCCACGCUGUCAGUAACACGUGCGAGCGAGUGUACUUCAUUUUGAAUUUCCCUAAAUGUUUGUCGCCGAUUAAAGACGUUUUGCCUGUGAGUUUUUGUGCUGAAGCGAGACUGUUGACGUGUAUGUAUGUGAAUGUGCAACGUUGAGCAAUUUGCCAUCCAAUCGCUUCUGUUUUUGCUGCCGAGGGUGACGCAUAACCUGC